GGAGGUGCUGGUAAACCUGGCCAGGUCGUCAAGACUCUGAAGACCGGCGAUGUCUCAGUCAGAUGGAGGUCUGGCGACGUCUACAUGUACCGUUUGGGGUCAAAUGGCAAAGUGGACUUGAAACUAGUUACUAAUUGCUAUGGUAACUUCUACUACAAGAGUCAUCUCCCGCUUGUUGGUAAGUAUAUCUCUCAAAUAAAAAGAAUGUAAAAAAUUGCAAGAUUUAUUUAUUCAACAAUGUUGAUCAAAUUUGCUUUAUUAAUUAACUUAAUACCAUGGAACUUAAAAGAUCUAGUUAAGUGUUUCAUAUAAAAAUUAAAAAUAAACAUCUUAUUUAAGUUCGAUUCUUCAUCUUGUGUUAGCAAAUUUACUAUUCAUUAGUCAUCCACAAUUGAUAAAAGAAGAUAUUUCAUCAUAAAACGAUUUAAUAAAAUUAUCUUCUACAGGUAAAUUGAAUGAUGAAACUAUUGAAAAUAACUAUUUUCAAAAAGCUCACAUCUCUGCUGAUAGAAGAAAGGUAUCUAACAAUAUUUCCAGUAAUUAAUUUACGUUUUUUUACUUGAUUUAUAAAUGGUAUAGUGCUGAAAGCGAUUCAAUUUUUCAUUUCUUUCAUAGCAGAGCAUAAACGUCACAAACUUUAGCUGAGCGCACCGUUGAAGUCACCAAAAAAUAAAAAAAAGAAGCUUUUCCAGUGAGUAGUGGAGUUAAGCAAGGUUGCGUGCUGGCUCCUACUUUAUUUGCAAUCUUUUUCUCCAUCCUACUCCAGCAUGCCGUUCAGAACAACAGCGAGGGGAUAUACAUCCACACUAGAGAUGAUGGCAAAUUAUUCAACAUUGCGCGCCUUAGAGCUAAGACUAAAACAAGAAAGGUCUUGCUGCGGGAGUUCUUGUUUGCGGACGAUGCCGCUUUGGUAUCUCACACAGCUGACGCCCUGCAGAGCCUCGUAUCCAGCCUAUCCGCUGACUGCAAAGAGUUUGGCCUGAUAAUUAGCCUAAAGAAAACUAACAUUAUGUCACAGGGCGCUGACUCCCUCCCCACUAUCGCCAUCGAUGACUACAACUUGGAUACUGUUGACAGAUUCACAUAUCUGGGAUCAAACAUAUCGAGCACCCUCUCAAUGGAGGAUGAGAUAAGUGGGAGGAUAGGGAGGGCCGCAACUGUUAUGGCCUGACUGAAGAAAAGAGUCUGGUCAAACGCCAAACUCACAACGAGAACUAAGCUGCAGGUGUACCAGGCCUGCGUACUGAGCACACUUCUGUAUGGAUGCGAGUCGUGCACCACAUACUCUAAACACGAAAGAAGGCUCAAUGGCUUCCACCUCAGAUGCCUGCGCCACAUCCUUGACAUUAAAUGGCAAGACAAAGUCCCCAACACGGAUGUCCUGUCCCAAACAAACAUGUGUAGCGUCCCAGCCAUGUUAAUCCAAAUACGCCUCCGCUGGCUUGGACACGUCAAGCGAAUGCAACCUGGUCGCAUACCAAAGGACGUGCUAUGCAGUGAGCUGGCGACAGGGAAAAGGUCAGUUGGACGGCCUCGUCUGAGAUACUUAGACAUAUGCAAAAUAGACAUGAAGUCGGCCAACAUCGAAAUCUCAAACUGGGAGGUGCACGCAGAGGAUCGAUCCUCAUGGCGGGGCAUAGUGAAGGUAUGAUCACUACAUGCCGAGGAUCAAAACAGAUCGGAAACAGCUGCAAAAAGAGCGAGGAGGAAGGCCGGUAAAUACUGCUCCACAGCAUUCGUGAGUGGGAAAUGUAACAGAGACUGCCAUUCGAGGAUUGGUCUCACCAGCCACACCAAGAGCUGCAAGCUGUAAAGAUAAUAUAUCGUCUUCCACAGACGGAAAGAUGCCAUACAUAGCGCUGUUUAUGUAGGGCAAUAUGGUUCUCAGAAACCUAUUUUUAGGAUAGACUGAUACUCCAGCAACAAAGGUUUAAUUACAGAAUUUCUUGUCUAAAAGAGUCCCCCCCAACAUAUUUUCAAGCGCUGCUUCCAUAAUAAUAUAAAUAUACAGAGGUAUGAGGUAAAAUAUUUGAUAUCGCAAUUCAAUGCCAACGGUAUCACUCUUUCAACAAUUCAAAUUACGAAAAUAGAGCCGCUCUUAGGAUUUUGGGGGCCCAAGACAUGGAACGUAGGUAGUGGGCAGCGGAUGGGGGGGGGGGGCAGAGUGUAGAGCUUCGCCGGAGCGGAGGAGAAAAUAGGAUUGUGAAGUUGCAAAAUAGACAUCAGACGAGAGAUUUAUAACCACCUACCUCCUUUUCUUCUCUUUCAACAAUUCAAAUUACGAAAAUAGAGCCGCUCUUAGGAUUUUGGGGGCCCAAGACAUGGAACGUAGGUAGUGGGCAGCGGAUGGGGGGGGGGGGCAGAGUGUAGAGCUUCGCCGGAGCUGAGGAGAAAAUAGGAUUGUGAAGUUGCAAAAUAGACAUCAGACGAGAGAUUUAUAACCCACUACCUCCUUUUCUCGAAACUGUCUUCCCGAUACAUUUUCUCCCCAAAAUGUUUUCUCUUGACAACACUUCGUUGACGUGUAACAUUUCCGACACCAUCUCUUUGCUGAUAGCAGUCUCCCGCCUUUAUCAUCCUUACAUUAGGAAUAAUUUGUUGACAUGGCGUGUAACUGCUAACCAUAUUGAUAAUUCAUCUACUAGAGAAAAUGUUGACUUCUGAAAUACAUGUACUUGCAAGUUGUUGGUUCAAAACAUUCGCCCGUAGGGGUCCCCUUGACAGUGUUGUCCAAUAAGUUGUUGCCAAGUUUGCCUAUACCUAAGAACGGGUCUGAUGAGAAGAAGAAUCGACCACUGUAUUGGUUCCUCGGUUUUUGGCGAACGUCGAACCACUCAAAAGCUGAUGGGAAAAGGCAGUCCUAACGACGGUAGAGCGAUACCGACGAAUGGAUAGACAGGAACCCUGCUUCCAGCUACAUGAUAAAUGGGUAAAACGACCAAAUUAAAGAGACCGUCCUUUAUGGACAUGGUCCACAGUCUUGAGGAAGACCUGGCAUAAACCACAAUAAGAGAAAAAGUAAGGGUGAUCAGGGAACGGGGCCCCCACAAAAGCCUUACCAGGCCUGAAAUACACAUCGCCAUGACGUCUACUAAAGCUACAACAACCAGCCUUCAACCAGAACUAUCAGAGGCAGUGCAAGAAAAGAUUAAAGCUUACCCAGACAGCCUCUUAAAACGUCUUCACAGACGGUUAAUACUUCGCAAGAGAAGAAUGCAGAGCCCAUGGUGCUCUUUUCAAGUAUUCCAAAGAGAUAGCUCCACCCGAAGAACUAUCCGGACCGAGUGGAAACAAUCGAACGAACCUCGAUGCUGAGAUCGAAGCAAUAUUGGUUGCCAUAAAAAGAGUCCGCCAACGCCUAACAAAAAGCAAGAAAAAAAAAAACUUCCCGGAUGUUGUUGUCAUCACCGUCUCACGCUCAGCUCUCGAGCAAUUGGGAAGGGGCUCUACGAAGACCACGAUGGUAAAUGUCAUUCUAGAGACAGUUGGUAACAUCCAAUGAGAGGCGGCAAACUAAUCGUACAGUGUAUCGCUUCGCACGUUGAGGUGACGCAACACGACAAGGCGGACUCCUUGGCUAAAGAAGGCCGCAACCCAAUAAACGAAUGACUCUGCUGGGAGUCAACGCUUGGUUGAAAGACCACUUUUGUAACAAGUGUUUAAGCGAUUGGGCCGCAGGAGAAACUGGACGACAGCUUUACCGGAAAAUGCCCCGACCGAGCAAGAGCGGCUCUUGGUGGAAUCUCAAGAGAAGCGACCAGAGCCUCAUCACCCAGAUGACAGGUCUCUGCGCGACGCGCAGCUACCUCCAUAGACUCGAUGACAGAAGGGAACCAACCUGCCGCUUUUUGCAACCUCACUUUUGGUCGACUGUCCCAGGGGCGGGAAGGGGACAGAGGGUCGGGACCCAGAGACCUGACUUGAAGAUAUGAUUCACGGUGACACCCAACCAGAUGAGGCAAGCCGCCAUAUCAAUAGCCAGGGCAAUAAGAGAGUAAAUCUCAGCCCAAAAGAGCAUUGAACAUUUAGUUCCUCGAUAGUUAGAUAUAAGUUUUAACAGCCUAGUUUAAUGUAUUCAAUUUAAACAAAAAAAUUAUAGUAUUAAGAUUUUUUCAACCACAUCUACGUUUUAGUCAUCAACUAACGGAAAGGGUUUUGAAUCGAAGAACCACAGAGAACCUUUUUACCAUGUUGACAACAUGAGGAGGAAGAACAAAGAAGAGAGCUCACAGCCUCACGUAAAUAGUGCCUACUCCACAAGGGGCACUGGGUCCAACUACGAUCGUGAAGCUGGACCCUCACACACAAGUGAUAGGGAUUCAGACGGUGAGAUGUCAAAAUUGUUUUUAAAUAUUUGAUUUUUAAUUUUUGUAAAUCGUCAAAGCCAUCGUCAUGUUUUUCUUCUCCUGUUAACAAAUCUAUAUAAAAAAAGAGUUCAACGUCGAGUUUGUUUGUUUGUCUGUUUGUUUGUUUGUAUUUUUAGGCGUUUUGGAUGUUUUUAACCUACAUAAAAAAAGAAUUUAAAAAAAAAAAAUAAUGGACCAAGAGAUCCCAAUUUUUUGUACAGAUGUUCACUUCUUUCCUAGAAGUAAUAUAGUCUAAGUCUAUGGUCCGAAAUCACGUUGGCCUAUGUGGGGCCCAUAAUUCGUGUUUAUUCUCUUACGAGCUUUACAAAUGGAAGAGUGUCCUGAUUUCGCACUUUUGCUCUGUCGUUCAAUAUUAGUGGAAAAAGGAGCAUACCAAUGGCGUGGAAUAAUCCUAUAAAGUAUUGAUUAGUGGAGCACACACGUUGGGUAGAUUUAUGUUAGAGAGUGUGGGUAAUUUGAGCACAUAAAUGAUAUACAUUUAUCGUAGAAAACCUGCGCUCUUCAGCACAGUCAUUACAGAGAGUCACCAGUGUGCAUGUACACAGAAAGAAGGUAUACCGAUUGCGCUUUUUUCAAGCUAUUGAUUGCUUCUAAACUUUUGAACCGUUUUCCAGUCUUUAUGGAAAAUUGAGAAUGAUAAAAAAAAAAUCAUUAAAAAAAAAAUUAAAGAGUUUUAUCUUUAAAAAUAUUUUGGACAUCAGAGCCCGAAUCGUGACGCAAUUUACGAACGCCCCUUUGUUAAUUCCCAUUGCCUUCCUAGUGUGGAUGAACACAGAAAAAAGUCUUACGGAGUGCGCUCUUUUGAAGCGAUGGCGCCAAAAUUAUGGAACAGUUUGCCUCAAUCUUUGAGGGGAAUUGUAAAGGAUAAAAAAUCAUUUACAAAACAUUUAAAAACUUUUUUGUUUCAAUAGAUUUCGGAAAACCAGAGCGCGGUGAGCAUGCUAAAGUGGCAUGGAUACCAGCGCGAUGUAAAUAUCAAAAUUAAUCAAUCAAUCAAUUGCCUUAAUAAAAAUAGUAAUCUACGUAUGAUAGAAAGUAAGCAAUAACGGUGAGUUCAAACGCGUGCAAGAUAUCAUUCCAGAUAACUGCACUAAAUGAGAUUCUUAAAAAUUGCCACAAGUGUUUUUGGUGCGUACUAUGUAAUACAUAAUUUGGGGGUUUGACAUUAAAGUAUUAAUUUAGUUCAGCGGGGUCAAAAAUGUUUUCGGUGGCGUAUACGGGGAGGGUGAGGCUUGGUAGCACUAACUUGGAUUCUAAUAAAUGCGUUAGCCGUUACUGGAAUGCGUGAUUUGCCAAGUAAUUUGAGCAGAUUACCGCCGACAUUGCUUUGGCGAGCAAUGCAACUUGUUUAAAAAAAUGUUAUGGAACAAUAUUAACCAAUCACAUAUACGCAAACAUUGCAUUUUCGUGAUUUUUUUUUAAUUUUAAAAAGCUUUACUGGGGGUUGGGGGUAGGGGGGGGGGGUCCGCAUUAUACACGUUGAUCGUACUAUGCGUGGUACUGUAUAGCACCUCGAAGCUGCUGAGAAAGAGCUCAAAUGAAUAAGUUUAAAAAAAUGUUAUGGAACAAUAUUAACCAAUCACAUAUACGCAAACAUUGCAUUUUCGUGAUUUUUUUUAAUUUUAAAAAGCUUUACUGGGGGUUGGGGGUAGGGGGGGGGGUCCGCAUUAUACACGUUGAUCGUACUAUGCGUGGUACUGUAUAGCACCUCGAAGCUGCUGAGAAAGAGCUCAAAUGAAUAAGUGAUAGUGACGAGAGAAGGCAGCUGCUCUUCAAAUGUUACAUUUUUGGCAUUGGCUGUUUUCAGGGUGACCCGUUUUCAUACCACAGCUCUUUUUGUUUUGUUUCUUAAAUCAAAGUAACUUAGGCGAUGUUGAUUUAUGUUAUUUUAUUUUGGCACUAAGGCCCCAAUUUUAGUACCGCUAUGUAUCUGACAUUUUAGUACCACUAUGUAUCUGACAUUUUAGUACCGCUAUGUAUCUGACAUUUUAGUACCGCUAUGUAUCUGACAUUUUAGUACAGCUACGUAUCUCACAUUUUAGUACCGCUAUGUAUCUGACAUUUUAGUAACGCUAUGUAUCUGACAUUUUAGUACGGCUAUGUAUCUGACAUUUUAGUACCGCUAUGUAUCUGACAUUUAAGUACCGCUACGUAUCUGACAUUUUAGUACCGCUAUGUAUCUGACAUUUUAGUACAGCUAUGUAUCUGACAUUUUAGUACCGCUAUGUAUCUGACAUUUUAGUACCGAUAUGUAUCUGACAUUUUAGUUCCGCUAUGUAUCUGACAUUUUAGUACCGCUAUGUAUCUGACAUUUUAGUACCGCUACGUAUCUGACAUUUUAGUACCGCUAUGUAUCUGACAUUUUAGUAACGCUAUGUAUCUGACAUUUUAGUACCGCUAUGUAUCUGACAUUUUAGUACCGCUAUGUAUCUGACAUUUUAGUACCGCUAUGUAUCUGACAUUAUAGUACAGAUAUGUAUCUGACAUUUUAGUACCGCUAUGUAUCUGACAUUUUAGUACCGCUAUGUAUCUGACAUUUUAGUAACGCUAUGUAUCUGACAUUUUAGUACCCCUAUGUAUCUGACAUUUUAGUAACGCUAUGUAUCUGACAUUUUAGUACCGCUAUGUAUCUGACAUUUUAGUACCGCUAUGUAUCUGACAUUUUAGUACCGCUAUGUAUCUGACAUUUUAAUACCGCUAUGUAUCUGACAUUUUUUGUUACCGACGUUUAACGAGGCCCCCUUUGAAAAGAUUCCUUAAAUAUUUACUCUAAGGCUUUUGUAUAGGACCCAUCGUUUGUACAUAUUGGCAUGGGCGACCUAUUUCUUAAGGCCGGGACGGUUGGAAAAAGGGGAAGAGGGACAAAUUUUAAAAUGAAAUGUGCUAAAGCUUUGUAAAUCUUUUGUAAAUAAAUGUGUGAAAGAUAAUAUUCAAGCAAAAGGAACCAACAUUUUCCAUACCUAUAACGAUUGUGUAGUCAGUUCUACAUCUCUCUAGACAUUGCAAAUGUGAAGAAGAAACCAACUGUCGGUAGUUGACAGAAAUCUUCAAGAAUUGUAAAUAACAGAUUCCAUUAAAAAAAAAAUCAUCGCAAAUAAAAAUCCAGCAACACACCUUCACUUUUUGUAAAACUAACACUCAUUUUAAUGUGUAAUUUCAAUUUAGAUUUAUUAUGUAAUUUAUCACUUGUUUUUUGAGGUAAUUACUAAUAUUUUGUUCGCUGGAUUAGACGAUGCAAUGACUGAGGAGAGGUCACCACCAGCAAAGAAAAGUGGGUUUAAAAUAGGAGACAAUGUCAAAAUCGCAGUUGGAUUGUCAGCUCUGAAAAAACUUCAGGACGGACAUGGAGGAUUUCCCAGUAACAUGAUGAAGGUAUUUUAGAAGAAAAAAAGGAUACUUAAUAGAACAUGGAUAUGUUUGUAGCUUGAUUUUUUUCGUAUCUAUUGUUUUGUUUUGUCAACACCUCUCUCUCUCUCUCACUCUCUCUCUCUCUCUCUCUCUCUCUCACACUCUCUCUCUCUCUCUCUCACUCUCUCUCUCUCUCUCUCUCUUUCUUUCUCUUUCUCUCUUUAUAUGUUUGUAGCUUGUUUUUUUUUCGUAUCUAUUGUUUUGUUUUGUCUACACCUCUCUCUCUCUCUCUCUCUCUCUCUCUCUCUCUCUCUCUCUCACACUCUCUCUCUCUCUCUCUCACUCUCUCUCUCUCUCUCUCUCUUUCUUUCUCUUUCUCUCUUUACCUCUGUCCUAUCUGUUUAUUAUAUAUUUGUCACUCUAUACAUUUUUUUCAUCAUUGUAUAUAUGCAAGUACAUGUUUUCUGUAAUCUCAUAUAUUCUGUUUUAAAAAAAAAAACCAACAAUUUUAUAUUUCAAUUUAAAUUGUAUUUUAAAUUAUAUGCGGUAUUCUUAUGUUUUUAAUAUGUCAUUGUGUAUGCUAUGCCACACUAUGGAAUGUGAAAUAUAACAUUUAAAAAUAUAUGUCUCGUUUAGUGGACGUUGAAGAAGAUUGUAUUUAAAUGAAUGAAAUGUACAAAUAUUUUUUUUUCUUUUUAAAAAUAUUUAAGCUGAUUACGUUCUUCAUCAGCAUUUUGUCAUAUCCCUGAUAAAAGAAGCGGUAUGUUUAUCCUGUCACUCAAUUCACGGAUAUCACCUUUCAAGGGGUCCUCAAAAUAAAUUUUAAAAAUAACACCACCUAAGUGUGGUUGAUAUGCUUUAAACGUAUUGCCAAUGCUCGACUCUUACUUAACAACAUUCAGGACGCAUCAGAAGGGUUACCAGCUGACAGUAUAAAUGGGUCAAGAUGUCAGGGAAUAUAAAAAAAAACAACAACGCAUAAUCUGGUUCCCUAGCUGAAUUGACAGCCUCUUGCUACGGUCAUUAAAACACAUCCAUAUCGUUGUUUUAUUUAUAGCUGCCAAGUUUAACAAAAAAAAAAAAACACAGACAUAUUGAACUGAACGUAUUUGUUCAAUACAUCAAUUUCACUCAAUUUGGUUUAAUAAAUUUAAAUAAAAACAAAACCAAAAAAUCUCUUUUUUAUUUUUUUUUUCUGAUCAGCACGUCGCUAAAGUUGGUACAGUAUUUUCCAUCAACGACAAUGGUGACGUCAAGGUGAAAUUUGGAGACAGCGGGCCGUACCUCUUCAAUCCUGACGCCCUGUCAAAGGUUUGUGGGAGUUUUAACUAAUUGAAACAUCAACAGAAAUUAAGGUCUAUACCAGUUUGGACCAGUUAAAAUCUGUUGUAAAACUAAGGCAAGGUGUCAUCACCGCAUGCAAUUUGAAGAAUUAGAAACUCUCUGGCUGGGGGAAAAAAAAUUGCAAGUGAUUAUAAAUUAUAUAAUGCAACCUUUAUACUGAUUAGCAUGAGAGGAGUGGGGGCAUCGGCUCGCGAGCCAAAUGUGGCUCGCCGCGCAUGCGUCUUGAAUGGCUCGCUCUCCCUUUACCAAAAAAAAAUUCAAAUGAUUAGAAUGAUCAUAAUUAAAUAAUAUCGAAGAAAAAAUGGACGUGUAGAUUAAACAUUCUAUUACAGAUGUCACUACUACAUCAUGAGCUUGUUUCUCUUUCUGAUGAAAUAAUAAAUUAGAUUUGAAUCGGGUCAAGGACAAACAACCCCCCCGUACCCCCUCAACCUAUUUCACCACAUCUGGCUCCCGUGCUUCUUGUACCUCUUGAAUUAGGUUCGCAACUUCAAAGGUUUGCCCAUCCGUAUGUUGGCACAUUUCAUUUCAUACAAACAUUUUUUUUGUUGCAAACUAAUGAACAAUCUCCUUUGUAAAUGCUUAAAAAUGAGCUUGCAAUAUUUGAACACUGACACUAGCAGCUUAUGCAUUUGUAAAUCCUGGUGUCUUUAAUUUUCGUAGAUAUUGAAUGACCCAAAGUCGACAGGGGAGCCCACACCAACCACGUCCAGGGCGGAACCUACCACACGCCUCAAGCCAGAGUGCACGAUUUGUCUGACCCAGGAGGCCUGUGCGGCCUUCGUGCCGUGCGGACACAUCGCCUGCUGUCAGAGAUGUUCCAAGUUUUUCAAAAAAUGCCCCAUUUGCCGGGGUGAAGUCAAAACCAGCUUCCGGGUUUUCAUCCCAUGAAGUGAUGUCUCGAAAGAGUAACAUGAAUCCUAGAUUUUUUGGUGGGGUCCAUGAAGUGAUGUCUCGAAAGAGUAACAUGAAUCCUAGAUUUUUUGGUGGGGUCCAUGAAG